AUGAUAACAACAUACAUCCAGACAGGCCAAGAGAAACAGAGGAUUAAUUUUUUUUCGCGCAUGCUAGCAUGCGGGAUAAGCCCCAACGAGUACACUUACGCGGCAGUUAUUUCGGGAGUCGCGAAUAUGGCGAAUCUCGAGUGGGGCCAGCAGCUGCACGAGCACGUCCUGCUCGUGGGUCUCGUAGAAUCUCUAUCCGUAUCGCAUUCUAUCAUGACCCUGUAUUCAAAAUGCGGGCUUCCCGAUUCUGCCCUCAAAAUCUUUCGCCAAAUGACCGCAAGAGACGUAAUCUCCUGGAGCACGAUCAUCGCAGGCCAUUCUCAGGGGGGCCACGCAAAGGAGGCCUUCGAGCUGUUCUCGCAAAUGAGGAAAGAAGGCCCGAGACCCACUGAGUUCGUUGAGUCAAGCGUGCUAAGUGUUUGCGGCAGCAUGUCUAUUCUCGAUCAAGGCAAACAGCUCCACGCGUUCGUUUUAUCCGUCGGCCUCGACCAAACGACCAGGAUCCCGAGCUCCCUCAUAAACAUGUAUUUGAAAUGCGGUUGCAUUCUAGAGGCUGCGAAAGUAUUCUCACUUACCAUAAACGACGAUAUAAUCUCGUGGACGGCCAUGAUCAACGGAUACGCGGAGCACGGAUUGAGUCGGGAAGCCAUCGAAUUAUUCGAGAGAAUCCCGGACGCGGGCCUCCGACCCGACUCCGUGACUUUCAUCGGCGUCCUCGGCGCGUGCAGCCACGCGGGGCUCCUCGGUCUGGGGUCCUGCUAUUUCGACUCCGUGAUAGAAAAGUACCGAAUUUACCCCUGUAAAGCGCACUACGGGUGCAUGAUCGACCUGUUUUGUCGGGCGGGGAGGUUAGAGGAGGCCGAGAGGAUGAUGAGAGAAAUAUCGUUCGAGAAAGAUGUCGUGGUCUGGUCGAGCGUGCUGAGGGCUAGUCGGGAGUGUGGUGACGUGGAGCGCGGGCGGGUCGUGGCCGAAGAGGUGAUUUGGCUCGACCCGGAGUGUGGUGAGGCCCACGUCACGCUGGCGAAUAUGUACGCGUCUGAUGGGAGGUGGAAGGAGGCGGCUGAGGUGAGGAGGUUGAUGAGGUGGAGGGGUGUGGUGAAGGAGCCCGGGUGGUCGUGGGUGAAGGUGGAGGAGGAGAGAGUGUUGGCUUUUGUUGCGGGGGAUAGGAAUCAUCCGAGAUGCGAGGAGGUUUAUGGUAUGUCGGGGAUGGUGUAUUGUUCGAGUGAGGAGUUGAGUUUCGAGGAGGUUGAUUCGGUUGACGCAAAGGUGUUUCUGAGAGCUGAGAAUAUAUGGUUCAGUACAGAUUGGGCAGUACAGUACAGUCUAAGAAGAGCGCGGCGUCAACUAGUCGGGAGAAUUUUCGAUCAUCUGAAAUCGACAGCAGACGAAGCCGACAAGUUGGAGCGACGGUGGACGACGCUGGAAGGCGUGAAGGACAGGAAGACGACAGCGUCUCUGUGGCGUCCGGCAUCUCUGCGACGUCGGCAUCUCUGCGGCUCGCCGUUUUCGUGUCGCGUAGAUCCAGCGGACAUGGGAAACGUACCUCGGCAACGGCUCGUGACUGCCGGAGAUGCAGAAAGCCGUCGCUUGCUCGCCGGCGGUCGACGGCGAGGCCAUACAUCUGGAUAUGAUCGGCGUAAAACAGCGACGACUGGCCGACACAACAAGAUAACUGGAGUUGCUUACAAGAAUGACCUGGCAAUAAUGGCAUGGAAACUAAUGAAUGAGCCAAGAUGCAACUCAAAUUUGAAGUACAUUGAUCAAAAGCAUUUGCUAGAAAUUGGAUUAAAAGGUUUCUAUGGUCAAACCUUCACCUCCAAAGACCAGGAUAGAUCCCAGUUUCAACAC